AGAUUUUUUUUAAAAGUAAUUAAUUUAGUCCAAUAUCAGUUUCCCUCCUGAACAGUGGCGUUUCUCGUCGUUAGAGUUUCGGCAUGUAACUGACGUCAUUCAAUCAAUCAACCCCUUUUCACUCACUCUAUUUUUCUCUCUCCUAAAUCCUCUCUCCAAUUUACAUUUCUCUGAUUUUCUGGGUUUUUUUGUCUGAAGUUGAAUUAAUUCUCGGAAAUGUUUGUAAAAAAGCUCGUGGAAAAGGCAACCAAAAAGCCUGGGGAGAACUCAGAUUGUCUUAAACCUGAAGAUGUUGAUCCUCGCCUAGCUUUUCAAUAUGGACUACCAUCUUCAGCUACUAUGUUGGCUUAUGAUCCAGUACAAAAGAUACUUGCAGUUUCAACAAAGAAUGGGCAGAUUAAAUUGCUGGGAAAAGAUAAUACCCAAGCUCUGUUGGAGUCCAAUGAUGUGCAGCCUAGCAAGUUUUUGCAGUUCAUUCACAAUCAAGGUUAUCUUUUGAAUGUAACUGUCAAAGACCGAAUUGAGGUUUGGGACAUAGAUAAGAAGAUUUUGUGUCAUGUACAUGAUUUCAGUGAAGAUAUUACAUCAUUUUCAGUAAUGCAACAGUGUUUCUUCAUAUUUAUAGGAGACCGUGCUGGUAAUGUCACAGUGUGGAAGCUUGAUAAGGAAUCGAGCCAGAUAGAAAAAAUGAAGUAUUGGAUCCCUUUUUCAGCUUCACAUGCAUCUAUUGAUAAAGAUCUAGUUGACCACGCGGUAAUGCAUAUAUUGCCUCAACCAACGGCAGAAAGCAAGAGGAUUCUUAUUAUAUUUGCUGAUGGAUUCAUUGCACUGUGGGCAAUCCAAGAAAGCAAAGCUGUUUUUACAAUUGGUAAUAGUGGAUCCAUGACUCAACUGUCUUCUCAAGAGACUAAGACAGUAACCUCUGCAUGCUGGGUGUGCCCCUUUGGAAGUAAAGUUGCUGUUGGGUACGACACUGGGGAUAUAUUUAUCUAUAACAUCCUUUCAAAUUCAGACUUAGGAAGUGGCUCUCCAGCGAGUAGAGACUCUGGCAAUACACACAAUAUUCAAACUUUUAAGAUCAAUCUAAGUUACAGAUUAGAAAAAGUUCCCAUAACAUCAUUGAAGUGCGUGUACUCAGAUGGUAAAGCUAAUCGAUUAUAUGUUACUGGCGCCUCUGAUGCCACGUCCACAAACUUGGUUCAGGUGGUCUUGUUGAAUGAAGACACUGAAUCUCGAACAAUUAAGUUGGGGCUUCAGCUGUCUGAACCUUGUCUUGAUUUAGAAAUUAUCUCUUGUUCAAACGAAACAAGCAAACAUAAGCAACAUUCUCUUAUUCUGUUGGGAAAAUCUGGGCUCAUGUAUGCCUAUGAUGAUCAUUCUAUUGAGAAGUGUUUGUUGCAAUCUCCGUCGAAAUCAUCAGCGUCACUGCCAAAUGAAUUGAUGAUAAAGCUUCCAAUUUCUUCUUCAACUACUACUUCUGCUCAGUUUAUCACAAACCAUUCCAACAAUAUAGAUUCUGAGGAAGAGGAAUACACUUCAGUGGCAAAAAAUCUUCCAUCUAUCCUUCCUUCUGAAGCAAAGCACACCAAUUCACCCCACUUUACCGGAUUUUCAAAGAUUACGAACUUGUAUAUUACAGGACACAGCGACGGGACCAUCAAAUUUUGGGAUGUCACAUGCCCCCUUUUAAUCCCACUCCUAUCACUAACACAACAGCAGAAUGAGGAUGAAUCAUCUCAAAGUGGCGCAGCAGUAACAGCAAUCCACUACUGUUCUGGACCACGGCUUCUCUUUUCUGGAGACAGAAGGGGCAUGGUCCGUAUCUAUCAAUUUAAGCCUGAACCGUUUUCAGUAGAGAACGGGUUUUUCUCUUUAUCAGGAAGUUCGAAGAAAGGAAACAGUCAUGUCAUCCAUAGUGUGAAGUUCAUAAAAGUCAAUGAAUCUGUACUCUCUUUCCACUUAUAUAACAGCUUAAAAUAUCUUGCGGUGGGAUCUGAACACGGAUAUAUUUCGGUUAUUGAUAUAGAGGGUUCCUCCAUUUUGUAUCAGAAAAAAAUUGGAACUGAGUUGUCUUCAGAUGUUUUAUCUCUGAAGUUUGAAUCAUCUGAACUUUGUGGUUUUGAAAAGAAUAUACUGAUCAUCGCAACGAGGGAUUCAUCUUUAUUGGCACUUGAUGCUGAUACCGGAAAUACACUGAGCAGUAGCGCAGUUCAUCCUAAGAAACGUUCCAAAACUCUGUUUAUGCAGAUUUUAGCAGAAGCAAGCAGAGGAUCCUCAACUGAGGAAGCAGCACAAAAGCAGCAGGUGUUGCUUUGUUCUGAGAAGGCUGUAUAUAUCUAUUCCUUACCACAUAUAGUUCAGGGGGUAAAGAAGGUAAUUUACAAAAAGAAGUUUCAUUCAACCUCCUGCUGCUGGGCAUCUACUGUCUGCAGUACCUCCAGUACAGGACUAGUACUUCUGUUUUCAUGUGGAAAAAUCGAAAUAAGGUCCCUUCCAGAGUUGUCUCUUGUGAAAGAGUCUACUCUAAGAAGUUUCAUAUGCUCACCCUUGAAGACGAAUACAUUACCCGAAUAUUCCAUAUGCUCUUCUGCAGAUGGAGAAGUUAUAAUGGUAAAGAGUGAUCAAGAAGUUGCUGUGGCUUCAAUGUUGCUUCAAAAUGGAAAGUAUAGGCAUUUGGACUCCCUUUCCCGUGUGUAUGACAAAACUCUUUCGAAUUGGGAGGAUGGAGCAACUUCUCCUCCAGUCUGCCACAAAGAAAAGAAAAAGGGGAUGUUUAGUACACUAUUCAAAGAUAUUACUGGAAGUAAACCAAACCAUGGAGCUGAUUUUGAAGCUAUUGAUGGGAAAGCAAUGUUGGAGGAACUUACAAAGAAAUUUGCAGUUUCCAAUUUUCCUACUGAAACGGAAGUUCCAGCUAACGUUACAGUGGAAAAAGACAAUGUCGACUUAGAUAUCGAUGACAUUGAUCUUGAUGAUCAGGAUGAGAAACCAAAAGGGAACAAUGUGAUGGCAAUGCUAAAUAAGCAAAAUAUAGCAAGCAAGUUCCAUUCUUUUAAAGGGAAACUGAAGCAAAUGACGGUCAAGACUGAGAAACCUUCAGCGCAUGAAGAGCCACAAUCUGAGAAGGUCGAGACAGUAGAUCAAAUCAAGAAGAAAUAUGGAUUUUUAUCACCUAGUUCCAGUAAUGAACCAGUUGGUGUUGCCAAAAUGAUUGAAAGCAAGCUUACUGAGAAUGUAAAGAAACUGCAGGGUAUCGGCUUGAAAACCACAGAGAUGGAGGAUAACGCCCAGACAUUUUCAUCCAUGGCAAAAGAGACGCUACGUUUAGCUGAACAGAAAAACAGUCCAAGUAAAACAUGACAUUUCCUGGGAUCUAUGGAUUGACUUCAUUAUUCAGAUUUUAUCUUAUAGUCUCAUUUUGCCAUACACGUUUAUUUGAAGCAGUGUUUUCUAGGCCUACAGUGGGCAGUUUUCAGACUUUCACUUUGUAAAUUAUCUAUGCAUAUAAUAAUAUUCAGAUUUUCAUACUGUAAUUGUAUAGUCAGUUUCAGGGUUUUUGGUGCUGUAAUCUGGUAAAUAUUACUUCCUCCGUCUUUUAAUACUCGCAACGUUUGGACUUUUGCCACUAUUCAUAUAAUCUACUUUGACUAUUCGUAGUGUUUUUUAUAUAAGAUAAAACAUAGUCAUGUGGGAUCUUGUUA